AUGAAUUCUUCAUUUCAACCACCAAACCCAGUUCCGCCCAGAACUAGCUCUACGGGGGCUACGAAUGGUCCGAGCAGUCCGCCCGCCCACCGACACAGGACGUCGCACGUGGACGAUUCCACGGGGCAGGCGAAGCACAAACACAGACGGAACAAGUCCAGCGUGGAUGGCACGAAAUACAAGGAUGGAACGUGGUCCUCGAAGAAUGAGAAGAUCCUCAUCGGCCCUUAUGACUACAUGCACCAACAUCCGGGCAAGGACGUGCGCCGCCAGCUGAUCGAAGCGUUCAAUUCCUGGCUUCAGGUUCCCCCGGAGAGUCUGGCGAUUAUCUCCAAGGUGGUGACCAUGCUACAUACGGCGUCGCUACUAAUUGACGACGUCGAAGACAACUCAGUUCUCCGCCGUGGAGUCCCCGUCGCGCACAAUAUCUUCGGCACAGCCCAGACUAUCAACUCCGCUAAUUACGUCUACUUUCUCGCCCUCCAAGAGAUUCAACAACUAAAUAAUCCCGCCGCUAUCGACAUCUACGUGAAGGAACUCCUGAACCUCCACCGCGGCCAAGGGAUGGAUCUUUUCUGGCGCGAUACCCUCACCUGUCCAACCGAAGACGAGUAUCUAGAAAUGGUCGGCAACAAAACCGGCGGUCUCUUUCGCCUAGCGGUAAAGCUAAUGCAAGCCGAGAGUGCAACUGGAAAGGACUGCGUGAGCCUAGUAAACGUGAUGGGUCUGAUCUUCCAAAUAUGCGACGACUACCUCAACCUAUCCAACACAACAUACACCAAAAAUAAGGGUCUGUGUGAAGACUUGACCGAGGGUAAAUUUUCCUUUCCAAUCAUUCACAGCAUUCGCGCCAAUCCCUCCAAUCAUCAGCUUCUCAGCAUCCUGAAGCAGAAGACCCAGGAUGAGGAGGUCAAGCGCCACGCCAUGCAUUACAUGGAGAGCACGGGCAGCUUCGCGCACACGCAGCAAACUGUGGCCGAGCUCCGCGAUCGAGCUUUGAAUCUCAUCGAGAUGAUUGACGCUACGCCCCGCAUCAACGGUGCCGGGGACGGGGCAAUGGUGCGUGCAGUCUUGCAUAAAAUUGUUGAGACCACGCUAUCGGACGAGGAUUCUAAUAGUAGAGAAGUAUGA